UUGGAUUCGAACGCGCGUCCGGCGAGGGGCGGCGGCGCAGGCGCAGUGCGCGGCGGGGCGGCGCUGCCCCCUAGCGCCGGGGUGCGGGAUGCCGGGCGAGGAGGAGGACGAGCCCGCCGAGCCGGGGGCCGGGGGCGCCGCGCCCCCCGCGCCCUCCCCGCCGCCCGAGGACGGGGACACCCGGCAGCGCUACGAGGAGCUCUGCAGCAGCCUCAACAUGGACGAGCGCGCCCGCUCCGAGGCCUGGCUCAGCUACCAGAGCAUGAAGCGCAACUACACCCUGGAGGGCAAUGAUCUGCACUGGCUGGCGUGUGCCUUGUACGUGGCUUGCAGAAAAUCAGUUCCAACUGUGAGCAAAGGGACAGCUGAGGGAAAUUAUGUAUCCUUAACAAGAAUUUUGCGUUGCUCUGAACAAAGCUUGAUUGAGUUUUUUAACAAGAUGAAAAAAUGGGAAGACAUGGCAAAUCUACCCUCACAAUUCAGAGAAAGAACUGAGAGAUUAGAGAGAAACUUUACUGUUUCUGCAGUCAUUUUUAAGAAGUAUGAGCCCAUUUUUCAGGACAUUUUCAGAUAUCCUCAAGAAGAUCAACCUCGGCAACAGAGAGGAAGAAAACAGAGACGGCAACCGUGCACUGUGACUGAAGUUUUCCAGUUUUGUUGGGUGCUCUUUGUUCAUGCAAAAGGUAAUUUUCCUAUGAUCAGCGAUGACUUGGUCAAUUCCUACCAUCUCUUGUUAUGUGCUUUGGAUCUGGUGUAUGGAAACGCUCUCCAGUGUCCAAACCGUAAAGAACUUCUGAAUCCGAAUUUUAAAGGCUUACCUGAAGACUUCCAUAGUAAGGAUUACAAAGUAUCAUCUGAUCCCCCCUGCAUCAUAGAAAAACUGUGUUCAUUACAUUAUGGAUUAGUUUUAGAAGCAAAAGGCAUAAAGGAACAUUUUUGGAAGCCAUACAUUCGGAAACUUUUCGACAAAAAGCUUUUGAAAGGAAAAGAUGAAAAUCUGACUGGCUUUCUAGAUCCUGGGAACUUUGGAGACAGCUUCAAAGCCAUCAACAAGGCCUACGAGGAGUACGUCUUGUCAGUAGGAAACCUCGACGAGAGAAUAUUUCUCGGGGAGGACGCAGAUGAAGAAAUCGGGACUCUCACGAGGUGCUUAAAUACAACUUCAGGAAUAGAAACAGCCGAACGCGUACAAGUGAAGCACAAUCUGCAGCAGCACUUUGACAAGUCCAAAUCACUUAGGAUUACAACCCCACUUACUGGCCGCAAGUAUAUUAAAGAGAGCAACCCAUAUGUGACACCUGUUUCCAUAGCAACGUACAGUCUGAGCCGCCUUCAUACGAUGCUGGCAGGACUGAAAAAUGCCCCCAGUGAAAACCUGGAGCAAAUACUCAGGUCAUGUUCCAGAGAUCCUUCUCAGUCCAUUGCAAACAGAGUGAAAGAAAUGCAUGAAAUAUACUGCCAGAGCACGCAGGCUGAAGGAGAAUUCAGUCAUUUUUCCAAAGACGUUGCCAGCAAACAUUUCCGUCGUGCUGAGGUGCUGUACUACAAGGUCUUGGAGUUGGUCAUUGAGCAAGAGAAGAAGAGACUGGGGGACGCUGAUUUAUCUGCAAUUCUGGAGCAGGAUGUGUUUCACAGGUCUCUGCUGGCGUGUUGCCUCGAGAUCAUUAUCUUCACCUACAACCCGCCUGGAAACUUCCCCUUCAUCACCGAGAUAUUCGACAUUCCAGUUUAUCAUUUUUAUAAGGUGAUUGAGGUUUUUAUUAGAGCAGAGGACGGCCUUUGUCGGGAAGUAGUGAAACACCUUAAUCAUAUUGAAGAACAGAUCUUGGAAAGUAUGGCAUGGAAACAGGAAUCCAUUCUGUGGGACAGGAUCAGAGACAAUGAAAACAAAGUUCCCAGCUGUGAAGAGGUAAUGCCACCUCAGUACUUUGAGAGGUCUGCUGGGAACAGUGUUGUGGGUUCACCGUUGACACCAAGAAGAAUAAACGAGGUUCGUGCCGAAACUGGAGGGCUGGGCAAAGGCCUCUCCUCCUCUCCCACCACCCUGUACGACAGAUACAGCUCCCCCACAGCCAACCCCACAAGGAGGCGGCUGUUUGUGGACAAUGACAACGCCUCCGAACCUGGAACUCCCGUACGUGUCCCCCAGCAGCCGGUGGUGAACACGGUGCCGGUGCAGAACGUGAAUCCCGAGGCCAUGUCAGUGACACCGGUGCCCGGCCAGACACUGGUGACAGUGGCAACUGCCACCGUGACAGCCAAUAACGGGCAAACUGUUACCAUACCCGUACAAGGUAUAGCCAAUGAAAACGGAGGGAUCACUUUCUUCCCGGUGCAAGUGAACGUGGGCGCGCAGCCCCCGGCCGUCCCGGCGCCCAUGCAGCCGCUGAGCACGCAGGCUCUGGCCGCGCCGCUGCCCGGGGCCGCGCUGCAGCUGCCGGGGCAGGUGACGGUGCAGCAGGUCCCCGCGGGGGAGCACAGGCAAACCCAGCAGCUCCCCAGCGCCGCGGCCCUCAGGCCUCGCAGGAUGGGCUCGCUGUCGCUCUUCUUCAGAAAGGUCUAUCAUUUGGCCAGUGUCCGUCUGCGAGACCUUUGCGCCAAACUCGAUAUAUCCGAUGAGCUGCGGAAAAGGAUCUGGACGUGUUUUGAGCAUUCCUUGGUGCACUGCCCCGAAAUCAUGAUGGACAGACACCUGGAUCAGCUGCUGAUGUGUGCCAUCUACGUGAUGGCUAAGGUUACUAAGGAAGACAGAUCAUUUCAGAACAUCAUGCGCUGCUACCGGACACAACCACAAGCCAAGAGUCAUGUCUAUCGGAGCGUCCUGAUCCGAGGCCGGAGACGCCGCCGCUCUGGCAGCAGCGACAGCAGCAGCCAGCAGAACUCACCGACGGACCGGAGCAAGGAGAGGAACAAAGAGAAAAGCAGCCGGGACGGCAGCCCCGUGAUGCGCUCCAGCAGCACCCUGCCCGUGCCGCACCCCGGCUCCGCGCCCCCCACGCCCACCCGCCUCACCGGCCCCAACAGCGACACGGAGGAGGAGGAGCGGGGGGACCUCAUCCAGUUCUACAACAACGUCUACAUUGAGCAGAUUAAAGAGUUUGCCCUCAAGUAUACUUCAAAUGCCACGGACUCUCCGCCGCUCUCGCCGUACCCGUUUGUCCGGCUCGGCUCCCCGCGCAGAGUGCAGCUGUCCCAGAACCACCCCGUCUACAUCUCGCCGCACAAAAACGAGUCUGCUCUCUCUCCUCGAGAGAAGAUAUUCUAUUAUUUCAGCAGCAGCCCAUCUAAGCGGCUAAAGGAAAUAAACAGCAUGGUCAGAACUGGAGAGACGCCAACAAAGAAGAGAGGCAUUCUCUUAGAAGACGGCACCGAAGCGCCGGCGAAGCGAAUCUGCCAGGAGAAUCACACUGCCCUGUUACGCCGACUGCAAGACGUGGCGAACGACAGGGGCUCUCACUGAGACAGCAUCGCCCUCUCAGCGCGUCACACGGACUCGCAGGCCCUGCCAAGGGCCCCUGUCCCCUCUGCGCCCGUGCCGUCCCCACCAGCCCACGCGGAGCCCCUGGCCUGUGGGGAAGGGCAGGAACAGAAGGACAAUCCCGUGGGGACAGCGAGGAGACACAUCCCACCCCGCGCUCAGCCGAGCCCGGGCAGGCCAGGCCGCUCCUGGUGCGUGUCCCACAGCAGCUGAGGAGCUUUUCGGUGCGGAGAGCACAUCCUGAACACCGCUCGCUACCUUCCGUUUGCAACCGGUACUUACACCCGACUGCUCUCACCAGUCCCCUUACACUGCUUUUACCAGCGCUUUACCGUUUCCGUCUUUGGAGUAGAAAGUUGUACGUGCGUCAGACACGGGAGCAUCGCACGGAGACAACUAUAUUACAAGAGAAACCUCCACAAAAAUGGUGACUGACAAGCAAUAUUCCAGCAGAGUCUGGAUCUGCUUGGGAAGGGAAGGUGGGAAUCACCUUUUUAAGCCCCAAAGGACACUGCCUAGUGGAUCCUGUCUAUAUUCAGGAUCUUCCAUGUGCCCCUGAACACCAUCAUGUUAUUUUGCUUCAAAGUUUGGGCACCUUGCUGUGUAAAGGUAGAGAAUUCUGGCUGUGCAUUGUUUUUAGCUGUGCAAUGUUUUAAAGUGAACUCACGUUCAAAAGGUGGCACUUUUGGUAGGGCUGUGAAGCAUCAUUUUUAAGGCAGAUUAGUUUUGCUGUAUAUUUGCAAUGGCACUUUCUAAAUGUGAAUAUUUGUUUUCAGAGGCUGAUUUCAGAUAUCUUUCUGUAUUUGAAGCGAUUUGACUUUUGUAUUUAUUUCCAAAUUGACAGCCCAUAGCUCCCCUCUUCAGCAAACGGCAUUAAGAGUUCCUGUUAAACUGAUGUACACGCAGCAAUGAAUGCGGGAAGCUGGGGACGUUUGCUUUUUAAAAGGAACUUUAUACCCUUGUAACGUUUCUCCGGAUUGCUCUUCCCAAGAGUCAGGAACGGCAACCACAUGGACUCGGCUUUUCGGUUUGUUUUUAAAGGAUGGGGUUUGGGUUGGUUUUUGGUUUUUAAAUGCAUUAAAUCAGGCUGCCCGGGAGAAAUUGCUCCCUGACUAACAGGAUGAGAAAGUGGUGCAUAUAUGAGACUUACUAGUUGUUUUCAUUUUUAAAAUACUUGCAAAAUACCAGUCUUAUUAAGAAAGCAAUUAAACACACUAAGAGCUGCUGCAGUAGACCAGUUUGCUGCCUUUCAGUGGCAGAACUGGGGACACUGGCGGCGUUAGUGUGAAAUGUAGCACACUCGGAUUCUCCACGUUUUUCUAAGAAAGCAAAAGCUAAAAGCUCUGUGUUUGCAGUCAUUCCUGCUCCUCUGAAUAAUCGGAACGUUUAGGACUUAAUGCCACUCAUUGUAAAUUCAAUUAAAGGUAGAGAAAAACAUCUUUCAUUCUUACCUGCGUAAUGAGAAGGCUGAUGUUGAGAAACUGUGUAGAUGUUUCUGUAAAAAUAUUUAUGAAACUGUCAGACAAUUCCUGCUACUCUGUACCAUUAACAUUUACUUUGUAUGAAAAUAUCGCAAGUGUAUUUUUCAAUAAAGAAUUUAUAAACUCACAA